AUGUAUGUGGAACUUUCAUUUGAUAAUUUUAAAGGGACAGCUUUUGGAAAUGCAAAGACAGCACAUAAUAACAACUCAAGUCGCUUUGGCAAGUUUAUUCAAGUGAAUUACCAGGAAACAGGCACUGUGCGAGGAGCUUAUGUUGAAAAGUAUUUACUGGAGAAAUCCAGGCUAGUCUAUCAGGAACACAAUGAACGGAACUACCAUGUAUUUUAUUACCUUCUGGCAGGAGCAAGUGAGGAAGAAAGAUCAGCAUUCCAUCUUAAACAACCCGAGGAGUAUCAUUAUCUCAAUCAGAUGACAAAGAAACCCCUCAGACAGAGCUGGGAUGAUUAUUACUAUGACUCUGAGCCGGAUUGUUUCUCUGUUGAAGGGGAAGACCUGAAGCAUGAUUUUGAGCGCUUACAACUGGCCAUGGAGAUGGUGGGAUUUCUUCCCAAGACUCGCAGACAGAUUUUCUCUCUCUUAUCUGCAAUACUACACUUGGGUAACAUCUGUUACAAAAAGAAAACAUACCGGGAUGAUUCUAUAGAUAUUUGUAACCCUGAAGUACUACCUAUUGUCUCAGAAUUGCUGGAGGUAAAAGAAGAGAUGCUGUUUGAAGCCCUGGUUACCAGAAAGACAGUGACGGUGGGAGAGAAGCUUAUUUUACCAUACAAACUUGCAGAGGCUGUGACUGUGCGGAAUUCCAUGGCUAAAUCAUUGUACAGCGCCUUGUUUGAUUGGAUAGUUUUUCGAAUUAAUCAUGCACUUUUGAAUACAAAGGAUGUGGAGGAAAGCACCAAGACUUUGUCCAUUGGAGUACUUGAUAUCUUUGGGUUUGAAGAUUAUGAAAAUAACAGCUUUGAACAAUUCUGCAUUAACUUUGCUAAUGAACGCUUACAGCACUACUUUAACCAACACAUCUUUAAACUAGAGCAGGAGGAGUACAGAGCAGAAGGCAUCAGCUGGCACAACAUAGACUAUAUAGAUAACUCUGGCUGUAUAAAUCUUAUCAGCAAGAAACCAACAGGACUGCUCCACCUGCUGGAUGAGGAAAGCAAUUUUCCACAAGCCACAAACCAAACACUACUGGACAAGUUUAAGCGUCAGCAUGAGGGGAAUUCUUACAUUGAAUUUCCAGCCGUGAUGGAGCCUGCUUUUAUCAUAAACCACUAUGCUGGAAAAGUGAAAUACGGAGUGAAGGAUUUCCGGGAGAAAAACACAGAUCAUAUGCGGCCAGACAUUGUAGCUCUCCUAAGAAGCAGCAAGAACGCCUUUAUCUGUGGAAUGAUAGGAAUUGAUCCAGUGGCUGUGUUCCGCUGGGCAGUCCUCAGAGCUUUUUUCAGGGCUAUGGUUGGUUUUAGGGAGGCGGGAAAACGAUACACUGAGAAGAAAACUGGGCAUGAUGAUGCAGUGCCAUGUGCGGUUUUGAAAAGUGUGGAUAGUUUUAGCUUUCUACAUCACCCAGUCCAUCAGAGGAGCUUAGAGAUCCUGCAGAGAUGCAAGGAGGAGAAGUACAGUAUUACUCGGAAAAGCCCAAGAACACCCCUUUCAGAUCUUCAGGGAGUUAACACCAUCAAUGAGAAAAGCCAGCGCGAUACCUGUGGAGUUGGCUGGACUGGCAGGAUGGGAAUCCGACAAGGCCGACUCUCUAGUCCUAGCUCCUUCCUAGACAAAGAUGGGAUAUUUGUUAAUUCGACCAACAGCAAGCUGCUGGAGAGGGCCCAUGGCAUUCUCAUGAGAAACAAGAACUUCAAAGCCAAACCCAAUCUCCCAAAGCACUUGUUGGAGGUGAAAUCUCUCAAGCACCUAACUAACCUGACACUGCACGAUCGCAUUACAAAGUCUCUUCUCCACCUCCAUAAGAAGAAGAAACCACCCAGCAUCAGUGCACAAUUCCAGGCAUCCCUCAACAAGUUGAUGGAGACUCUUGGUCAAGCAGAGCCUUAUUUUGUCAAGUGCAUUCGAUCUAAUGCUGAAAAGCUCCCUCUGAGGUUCAGUGACAGCCUGGUGCUUAGGCAGCUGCGAUAUACAGGAAUGCUGGAGACAGUUCGAAUUCGGCAGUCUGGGUACAGCUGCAAAUAUUCCUUCCAGGACUUUGUGGACCAUUUCCAUGUUCUGCUGUCACGAGGAAUCAGCCCAUCUAAGCACAACAUCCAUGAUUUCUUCAGGAAAAUAAAGCUCAGUCCAGACAAUUAUCAAGUUGGGAGAACAAUGGUUUUCAUGAAGGAGCGGGAGCGCCAGCUUUUGCAGGAUUUGCUACACCAGGAAGUGCUCCGGAGGAUUACUCUGCUGCAGCGUUGGUUCCGUGCUAUACUGGAGAGAAGGCACUUCUUGAACUUGAGGCAGGCAGCAGUGAUCAUACAGAGGUACUGGCGCAGUUAUCAGAGUAGAAAGCAAGCUGAAGACUCCCUAGUUGAUCCUCUCCUUUUCAGCAAUGCAGCACUCGUUCUUCAGGCCCACUGGCGAGGUUUUGUGGAGAGGCGAAGAUUCCUGCAGAUGCGGGUUGCAGCCUUCAUCAUCCAGAACUAUUGGCGGGAAUGCUCUAGGCAUAGGCAUGCCGCAGCCAUGUGCAUACAGGGAGGCUGGCGAGGAUACUGCGCAAAGAGACUCUACAGGGCCAAGAGAAAUAAAGUCAUCCUAUUGCAAGCAGCAUGCAGAGGAUACGUAACACGGCAUAGAUUUACAGCUUUAAAAGAGCAGAGAUUAAAAGACAGACAGCUGGAGAAUGGAGUGUCAAUCAGAGAAGAGGAUGGACUGGAGGCAGAUGAUACUAUGAAAAUUAGGGGCUCAGACCCAUCUAAGUGGGAGGAUGGCUCGUUUGAACAGCGGGUGAGAGCUGUAGAGGAACAUAAAUCAGUAAUAGAGAAUAGUCGGGUGAAUCAUGCUGAUCCAGUAGACAGUUCUGGAGACUUACUGUACAAAAGACACGAGAGAGCCAGCAGCCAAAGUGGCAUGGACAUUGAAGAGGAAGUAGUUGUGAGAGAGAGGCCCAAAUCACUGGAGGAUCUCAACCAGAAAAAAGUGGUCCGCGCAAAAAGAGAAAGCCGGAGAAUGCGUGAAUUGGAACAAGCAAUAUUUAGCUUGGAAUUGCUUAAGGUCAGGUCCACUGGAGGGGUGUCUCCCUCAGAGGAGCGUCGGUGGUCCACAGAGCUUGUGUCAGAGGUCCUUCAUUCUCCACAGGGAACCCCAGAGAGUGAAAGCUCUCAGGGGAGCUUAGAAGUGUUAAGCUGUGAGGAUACUCAGAAGAAUAAACUUGAUUCUCCAGUUUUAGAAGAGCAAGACAUGCAGUCUGUCUCCACUGAGACCCAGGACUCUUUACCUCACAGUCCUAAGUCUGGUUUACAGGACACAACCUUCUUCUCAGCAGAUGUGAACAGCAACUUAUCUAACAGAAAAAGGACACCAUCAAGUUCUGAGUUACCAGAGAGUCCUGCUACUAAGGAGCGGGUGGUCUGUGAUACCCAGAAUGUUAUCUACAAGAUGCAUCCAAGAGAGACCUUCAUUUCUAGCAAUCUGCCUACUUUCUACAUUCCACCACAGGACACCCAGAAAGCAAAUCAGUCACUGGUGGAGAAUAACUUGAAGAACAAACUAAUGGAAAAGGAAGAAAAACCAGGUACGUUUCCUGAGGUUCAGAAAGAUACGGAGCCAGGCAGGCAGGGCCAGGGCAAAGCCUUGGACAAAGAGAGAGGAGAAAACCCUCCUGUCAAGCAAGAGGAAAGCCUACCUGCUCUUGCAUCAGAUACACAUUCUUCAGACUCUGUUAUCAGGAGACUUGAGAAGCUGAAUGUGGAGAAGGAGGAGCGACAAAAGCAGCUGCAGCAGCAAAAUGAGAGGGAGAUGAUGGAGCAGAUCCGCCAGCAGAAGGAAAUUCUGGACAAACAACGCAAAGUUUUUGAGCAAUUCGAGAGACAAGGGAGGGGAGAGGCCUUGCAAAGGACUGAGCACAGCAGAAUCAAGGAUCCCUCACAAGGAGUGUCUCUCAGACCCCCAAAGAAAACAGACAACAGGCCUCAAUCUCUCCUCAUCCUAAAUCCCCAGAGCAAAGGGGAAAAUUUCCAGACUGUGAAUGCAACACCAACCUCAUCAGUGGAUAUUAAAGGGCUCACUGUUGCAAAGAAAGGGAGCCCCCCAGCCCACAUAGCACAAAAGGACAGGCCUGUCAGCAUGUUCCUGGAGCGAAAAGAAGGUCAACCUGGAAUGACACAGGAAUCAACCAGAACAGAUCGUUGGAAUUCAAAACUGGCUGUAGAAUCUGGGGACUUCUCUAGCAGCCAUGCUGCAAGGACAGAGCGCCUCAGGCAACCCCGAAUUCCCAACCAGAGCACUGAUGCCUCUUCUAGUGAGCCGCGGGCUAGUGCUAUUUUCUUCACACCAAAAGACAGUCAUUUUCUUUUCAACAAGGAAUCUUCAAAUCAUCAGAUCCUUUCGAAAGAUGAACCACCUAGAAAGCCACUAAAGUUCCCUGGGCCAGGCAGAGGGGGGGUUGCCAGACCGGCCCAUAAAAAGAAAGCCCGCAUGGCGCGGACGCGCUCCGAUUUCUUGACUAGAGGUACUUUUGCUGAUGGGGAGGGGGAUACGGAGGAAGAUGAUUACGAUGACAAUUUUGAGUUCCUUCUCUCCCCUGACCAACCUCCUCACCUUGAGCCAGGGCCUACAGCCAGGCUUGGGCAGGCCUGUCACAGUGACUCCGAAAUGACAUUGCAGCGUUUCACAUCAGGUGAAGGCCAAGCAAAGCUUCAUAAAACAAUGUCUCAGGGUGAGAUUGGGAAGCUGGCAACUGUUCAGAAGAAUCUGCCUACCGAUGGAAGGCCUCAGAGAGCCAAGAUGAGAUUCUGGGUGAAAGGAAAACAAGGAGACAAGAAAACAUCCAGAGAGAAGCUUACGACCCAGUCUGAGCUGCUUGAGCUGUAUACAGAGCAAGAGGAACCAAACAUAGAGGUGACUCCUGGCCUCCAGCUUGGUGAAGAGUUGUGUCCACAUCACCUGACACCCCCAAGGAGUCCAGAGCUGUCAGGCAUCUACAGAAGGGAAUUUAAAGAGAACAAGGAGCCAUCUCCCAAAGUGAAGCGUAAGCGCAGCGUGAAGAUCAGCAGCUUGGCACUGGAGCCUGUACAGUGGCAGAAUGACUCUCUGCAGAUCAUAACCAGUGCUGGUGACUUGAAAAGCAUGGAUGAGUUUCUCCUGAAAAAGAUGAAUGAUCUGGAUAAUGAAGACAGUAAGAAGGACACACUUGUGGAUGUGGUGUUUAAGAAAGCACUAAAAGAAUUCCGGCAAAACAUCUUCAGCUUUUACUCAUCAGCUUUGGCGAUGGAUGAUGGGAAGAGCAUCCGGUAUAAAGACCUGUAUGCCCUGUUUGAGCAGAUUCUGGAGAAAACCAUGAGGCAAGAGCAGAGGGAUUGGAGUGAAUCGCCCGUCAAAGUUUGGGUCAACACCUUUAAAGUAUUCCUUGAUGAGUAUAUGACAGAAUACAAACCUCUGGAUUACACUGCUGCAAAGGUGCCAAAAACAGAGAGAAAAAAGAGAAGAAAAAAAGAAGCAGAUGUGGUGGAAGAGCAUAAUGGUCACAUCUUUAAGGCAACCCAGUACAGCAUCCCCACAUACUGCGAGUACUGCUCCUCCUUGAUCUGGAUAAUGGACAGGGCUUCUGUUUGUAAAUUAUGUAAGUAUGCUUGUCACAAGAAGUGCUGUCUUAAAACCACAACCAAGUGCUCCAAAAAGUAUGAUCCCGAGCUUUCGUCACGGCAGUUUGGGGUUGAGCUCUCUCGACUGACCAAUGAGGAGCGAGCGGUGCCACUGGUGGUGGAGAAGCUCAUAAACUACAUUGAAAUGCAUGGGUUGUACACAGAGGGCAUUUACAGGAAGUCAGGCUCAACCAAUAAGAUAAAGGAGCUCCGACAGGGUCUUGACACAGAUAUUGACAACGUGAAUCUAGAUGACUACAACAUUCAUGUCAUUGCCAGUGUGUUCAAACAGUGGCUGAGAGAUUUGCCCAAUCCCCUCAUGACCUUCGAACUCUACGAGGAAUUUCUGCGAGCUAUGGGCCUGCAGGAGAGGAAGGAGACCAUCCGAGGCGUGUACUCUGUCAUUGAUCAGCUCUCUCGCACCCACCUCAGUACCUUGGAACGCCUCAUCUUUCACCUUGUGAGGAUUGCUCUGCAGGAAGAGACCAAUCGAAUGUCAGCUAAUGCCCUGGCCAUUGUAUUUGCUCCCUGUAUUCUGCGCUGUCCUGACACAACUGAUCCACUGCAGAGUGUUCAGGACAUCAGUAAAACAACCACCUGUGUGGAGUUGAUUGUCGUAGAGCAGAUGAAUAAAUACAGGGCUCGUCUCAAGGACAUCAACAGCCUGGAGUUUGCUGAGAACAAAGCAAAAAGCAGGCUGUCUUUGAUCCGCAGAUCAAUGGGCAAAGGACGUCUAAGGCGUGGAACUUUCCCCAGUCCAACAUCUCCUGUUUCAGUGCGAUUACCCUCCGUGUCUGAUGUUUCUGAGGAGACUGUGAGUAGUGAGGAGGCAAUGGAGAUGGAUGUCUCAGAUCAGCAGCAGGCAGCUAUGCAGCAAGAGGAGAGGGUGCUGACUGAGCAGAUCGAGAGCUUGCAGAAGGAAAAGGAGGAGCUGACUUUUGAGAUGCUUGCACUGGAGCCCCGAGCCUCUGAUGAUGAAACCCUCGAGUCUGAAGCUUCCAUUGGCACUGCGGAUAGCUCCGAAAAUUUGAACUUUGACUCUGAAGGGGCUAUCUCUGAUCGAUCGGAGAGAAGUUUAGCACUUAGUUCACUGAGGCCUGUCAAGAUUGAAUCCACGAGCAGGUCGCGAAGGCACCUGAGGAAGCAGCAAGACUCUCUGGACUCAGUGGAUUCUUCGGUUUCUUCUCCGUCUUCAUCCUCCUCGUCCUGCUUACCUCACGUGACUAGGAAACGAUUCCAAAUGUACUCCAAGUCACCCUUCUAUCGAGCAGUUGCUCCUGGCAAUAUCACUGAGCAGAGGUUGGGACUUGAAGGGUUACCAGGGCAGCUUAGGGGUCUGGAUGACAGGCCCCAGUUCACCAGCAGAGGGACGUUCAGCCCUGAGAAAGGCAAACAGAAACUUAAGAAUGUGAAAAACUCACCCCAGAAAACCAAAGAACUCCCAGAGGGGGCAGCUGGGGCAGGCCGGAAAAGAAACACUGAAGCAGACUGCAGCAGCACCCAGCAGCUGGUGCUUUUUGGGAACAAUGAGUUUAUGGUGUGAACCAGUUGCCCCAAAUCUCAUCAUUGCUGCAGACAAGUGAUAGCAUCUCACCUUUGGUAUCUUCCCCCCCAUCAUCACCGCCACCAUUGUAGAGUUGCUGCCAGCUGCCCAUGCAAAGCAUUUAUUCACUAAUUGCUUGGGCUUCCAACCUUGCAUUGCCAGUGCUACGGGGAGCAGGAGACUAACUCUUAACAAAAGCCUGUUGGGGACAGUUUCAGCAGUGGCCUUAGCUCUUUUUAAUAUUUUGGAACUCAAAACCUGCCAGGUUUUUCUGACUGGGGACUCAGAACAAAAGAAAAUAAAUUGGGGGAAGAAUUGCUGGUGAGCUCUCUUUUACUUCCCAUCAGCCCUUGGCUUUCUCUUUCUGAGCAGAGGAAAUGGGGAGAGGGAAAAUCAAACCGCCAGGUAACGCCAACAGGAUCUUGGAGUUUGGGGAGCUGGUCCACGCCUGUCUUGACCUUGAUGUGAAAGCUGCAGACUGUGUGUUUGUGCUGGGAUGAAGCAUAAACUCCUCCUUACAAGGAACCACAGCAAAGAGUAGACCAAGCCCUUUGUUCAGAGCUAUUUAUAAUGCACUCCAUGUUGUUGUCAGGUGAUAAUAAAAAGCUAUCAUUUCCAUUCAAACAAUCAGAGCAUGUCUCAAAACUCCCACCACACAGACCUGCAAUGAAAAGAGAGUGAUUUUUAUUUUUGUUGUUGUUGAUGUCAGGAAAACUAAUGCCAGUUUGACUCCUGGUUAGUUCAAGCCAAAUACUUGUGCCGAAUUUUCAAUAGCCAUAACUAAUCCUGUGAUCGAGGCACAAAGAAGGGUUUUUAAAAAACAAAGGAACCUUUAGAAAUAUAAACCUAAAAUAUUUACAGCCACAUCACAACCCUGCAGUGCUGCCUACUUGUAUACACUGACCAAGUGAACAAUGGUUAACAGUUCCAGUGAAGGACAGGAACUUCUCAGCCAAGCAGCAAACUCAUGCAGACAAAACAGCACUAUUUUAAUUGCAUUGUUAAAUCAAAAGGAAAUGCAUGGAAAAGUGUUAAGGAAAUUUUCCCAAAGUAAUCUGUUUUUAAAAUGUGACCUAACCAACUUUCUCCCCUUUUCUCAGAUCAUCAGUAUUAAAAGCAAAAAGAAAAAAAUCAAGGACUACUUUUUGUUAAUAUCCUGGUUACUGAAGUUCACUGUAUAUAUAUUUUAAAGGUUUUUAUUUUCCCCCUACAUGGAACGUUUUUGCCAGGAAAAGAAAGGGAGAAGUGAGGGAAGAUAGAAUUAGCCCCUAAGAUUAUUGCAGGGAAAGAAAUGGCACCAUUUUUCACCAUAGUGCAUCACCAUUCACCAUGUCUCAGCUCACUGAACAUUUGUGAGAUUAGCAACCUGCCUAAACUGCUUAGAACAUGUGAGAAGCUGAUGCAUGUGCACCUCUCACUGUAAAUGUGACACCUUUGUCAAGGCAAGUAUGUGACAAAUGUUUGUUUUAAAAGUUCUCACUAGAUCUCUUUAGAGUAAGACGAGCAGUGUCAUUCUGUCAGAUCAAGGCUAGAUUUGUCAUUCAUGAUGUCAUCCUGUGACUUGCCACCAGCACAGAUGUUGCUGUAACACUUUUAAAAAACAGAUUUGUAGGAAUCUAGUUAGUAAGCUUAGAGGCAGUAGUCCAGGUGGUCACUUAGUGACUUGGAACUUUAUGGGGAUGUCCCUACGUGUUAGUCUGCAUCCAUGGUCACAUGGAUGAAGACCAGCAAUCCCAGAGCAUCAUUCAGAGAAAUUACAGAUGCCAGUCCAUUUCCCUAAGCAGCCAGGAAUUUGCUGAUGCUGAGAGGAGGAGUUGAUUAGAAGGGGCUUCAGGACCUGAGUUAGAACUAUUAGCUGAAUAAAUGCUGGAUUGGACCUGCCAGUUAACCUGCUAGUUCUGUACUGGGUAAUGUUCUGAAGCCAAAUGUGCUUCUAACCUUGAUCCUCCUAAUCAGAAAUCUAGAACAGCAGUGUCAGAAUAGCAGCACUGGUUUGUGUACCUGACCUCUCUCUCUCUAGCAACCAAGAGUAACGGGAAAAGACAUUUGCAUUUCAUAAUAUUGCUGGGUAAUGGUUUUGUUAUUUUACCUCCAUAAUAUGGAACUAGAAGUAUCAUGCAACUCCCAGUAACCCCUUCCCUUGCCUCCCUUCAGUAGCGUUCCAGUACAGAACCAAGUCUGCAUCCUGGCUUCACAACAGUAUAUCUCAGUUCAGAAAGGGCCCUUCCUGAACUUGCAGCUGUUGUGGACAAUGGGACACCUGGUUUCGUACAUGGGUGAGCACCCUGGGGAUGAGUCAGUCUGCUGGAGUGGCCUGUAAUAGUAGUAGGUUUAAUGAUUCCUUCCUCUCAGACUUCACUGGUGGGGGAGCAAUACUUUGGCAUGUUCCUCGGCUGGUUGAACCUGCAUUUCUUUAGAGGGAUUUUUUUAUUUAUUUAUUUUUUUUGGCAGUGAAAAAAAUGUAAUUUAGGCCACUUUUGCCAGAGUGGUGAUGACAUGGAGCAGGGACAGGGAUUUACAGUUCCUGCUUUGACCUCCGUGGAUUUAAUUAUGCCAAACUCUUUAGUUCUAAAGUUGCUAAUUUAAUAGGUCUCUAGCCGUUUUACAGAUGAACCAAGAAACCCCUGGCAAGGUGGGUGGUGGUUAUGAAGGUGGAAAGUAACUAAGGAAACGCUACAGGGCACCCAAACCCUUCAGAAGCCAAUUAUAAGAUUACCCAAAAAAUGCAUAUGAAGUGGAUAGAAUAUGCUGUUGUUUCAACUGGAAUUAAAUGAACUGAUGCCAUGCAGAGUAAUAAAAUUUUAACUUUAAAAAUAAAGUUUUAAACAUGAAUACAGACCAGCUAACUACAGAUUUUGCAACUAGAACUUAGUUAACCAUUCUGAUGGUGCACAAGCCAGAAGCGAUUUCAGUGCAUACAAUCUUAGAGUGGGUUGGCUCUGCACAGCUUAUAGUCUAAAGGAGUCAAAACUUACAUUUAGUCAGUAGAGUCAGAGGAGACUAAAUACUCGCAGAGAGCAGAUUUGUUGAGGAAGGAUGUGCCGUUUUUACAUAGCCUUUGUUUAAAAAAACCCAUAACUGCACUUCAAGAUCAGAAAAGUCACUCUGUAAAAAUCUCCUCUUAGUGGAUUCAUAUUGUUCUUUCAGUGAUUUUCAUAUGGGAAUUUGCUGUGUUUAAAAGUCCAAGCACAAGCUGUCGAACUGCCAGCACAGUGGGUUCAACCUGUUAUUUCAAAAUCAGGCUGUGUUCUUUGUGCUUCACACUGUGUAUCAUCUCCCAUGUGGAAUCAGAAUGCUGCUGGCACUUUUGCUGAGGCUCCUUCAGGCAGAAUAGUACACAGCUUGCUUUUCUUAAGCUGUACUGAGUUCUGCAAGACUGAUUCAGAGCAUACUUUAUGAAGGAGCCACUUUUACAGAGUUACUUUUGGGAUCAUCAUCUGAUAGAGAAUCCCUGUUCUGAUGGCUCUGCAGAUGGAAUCGUUAGAAAUAGGACAGGGCUCAGUUUUCAGCAGGGAUUAUUCCUACUUACCUUCUUCCGAAGGUUUUUGCACCCAUUGACUUGCGGGUUCCUCAAUAAUGUUGAUUAUUGAACUACAAAUUUCUGCAGAAGCAACGGGUCAGGAUGGGGAGGGACAUCAUGAAGUUUUCACAAAAGGUGGUACAGGUUGCUGUCCCCUGCAGAGUCGUACUUAAUAUUGCCAUGCAAGGAAUUAAGUUUGGGAUCCCCCCACAGUGUCCACACCUGCAGAAGCAGCAUGCAUCUGCCCAUAUAUGAUAGCAGAGGCUGCAAGUCAUACCGCUGUUACAGCCUUUUCAGUUGGGUCGAGUGGAGGAUACACAAGGAGCUAUGGAUAGCUGCCUCCGCUCAAGGGGUGAGAUUUAACAUUAGCUGAAGACUGUUAAUACUGGAAAAGCAUCAGGGGAUCCAACAUUGAUUUAUCAAGCCCUGCUUUGUUUAGAUUAAGGAACGGUCUGUCUGUCCCCCCCCCC